AUGGGCAAAAAGAAGCCGAGAGUCCCCCCGGAGCCUCUGGACGCUGCGCUCAUUUGCAAGGCUGACGAGCUGACGGCAGGCACGGACGUGACAGUCGUUGGAGGUGCGCAUAGCAAAAUCCAUGGAUACCACGCUGUCAUUUUGAAGAGUGGGGACUCGGAUGACUCCGCCUUCAACGUCCGCGUGCUGGAGGGAUCAGCGGAGGAGCGACGCAAGGUGUACACGAUAGACCGUGCACACGUUGUUUACAGACCCCCUCAGGGCCAGGUCCAGGAUGACGGGCUGGAUGCGUCAUUGCGGUGGAGGAUUACACCUCCACCGUUAACGGUGUACUCUGCCAGGUGGCUGCUGGGGUGGCAGUCACUGCGGACCUUGGUGCCGCCAAAGCCUGAGAAGAACACUGGCUCUGAAGAUGCUCAGGGAGACCAGGCUGCUGCUGAAAGGGAGGCGAAGACCCGGACUACUAGGCUUCUGCCGACGCCCAAGAUGAGUGCGGCGAGCUCCACUGCCACCAGGUAUGGUGCUGAGGAGGAGUGGGUAGAAGUGGAGCAGCAUUCCACCACUGCGAAGCCCAGGGAGUACGCCAAGCCGAAACCUAAGGAGAGAUCUGGCCCCCGACCUCGGUCAGAUGUGGACUCAGAGAAAGCUAUGGUGGACCAGCCCACAGAGGCGACUACUUCUGACACCCCACCUCCAAGGCCUGGUACUUCACCGGCACCGGCUGUGCCCGAGACUGGCCCGAUGACAGCUGCACCUGCUGAGCACCCCGGGCACUGGACGCUAUCUGGGUCCACGCCUGGGUCUGGACCUGCUGCUACGCCUGGACCUGUCUUUGGUGGCGAUGCCUCGCAGACCCCGGUGAAGGUCCCAGCUGAGGCCCUGGAGCCUCAGCCCACUCCUGCGCCUGCCAAGUGGAAGCCACGCCGUCUACCCGGCUCAGCCAGACAAGGAGGCGCGAAGAUCCGGGCCACCAGCUCCGCAGACCACACCACUACUCAUGGUCAGUCUGCCGCAGCCGCUACACGCUGCGCUUCUCCCUCUACGGUCAUGGAUGAUGGAGCUCCCGAUGCCUCUGCCCACCACGACAAGGGUUCUGGGAGCAUGGCUGCUGGUGAGGCCCGACCGCGCAAGCGAGGGUCGCGAGACAAGGCGCAUCGGCGACCAGAGCCGAGAUAUUCCUCGUCCAUUACGGCCCGAUUGGCUGAACGGCCGAGGGCAAAGCCCUUCUGGCAUCUCACUUCCGAGGAUGAAAAGUCCGAGGAACGGAAGC